UACAAUGUUUUUUAGUCCUAGGUAGCCAAGUUUUCUCGUGUAAUUCUAUAUAAAAUUUAACCAACUCCAACUACUAAGGUAACUGAUUCUUUCAGUCCUCUGCUUGAUUGUGAGUUGAAUUAAACCGACAACUUGUUUUUCUUGUGAAUGCUUGGUUUCUAGUUUUUUUGUUAAUUUUAUUAUGAUAGAAGGAAAUUUAUUAGAAUCUCCAAAUGGAUUACAUUCCCUGGUUAACUAUAUGAAAGGAAAAAAAACAUAUUGGAUUGAUGCUUUUAAUAGAGGCGAAAAAGUCUUUAUAUGUUAUAAUGGGAGUGUUGGGUGAAUUUAUAGUUGAAAACUAAAGUAAUCAUUUAUUUUGAGCAAUUUGGAUUGCAAUUUGGAAGUUCUAAAUGUGUUGACAUCAAAAAUUCAAAAUCUGCCAGUUGGAGCUAUAAAACUAGUUGUAGAUUCAGUAAUUUCUCCCCUAAUUGAGAAGGAAUUUCUUGGAUUAAAGUAUUGAAAUCUAUUACGGCUUAAAGAAUUCACACUUAGAUUUUUUAAUCAUGUUCUUGGCUUUAAACUAUACUUCAUUUACUGGUACAAAUCUUGCAUUUUAGUAUGACUUGGAAAGGAAAUGUUUAGUGGAAGCUUUCUGAUUUUUCCUUCUGUUUUGAAAUAAGUCAUCAUUUGGAUAUAAGUUAUAUAACUAGAAUUAGAUAUCUGUUUGAUAGUUUUAAUUGUUAAAAAGAUAUCUUUGAGCUAUGCAAUUACCUGUUAAUAGGAUGCAUAUUUUAUCUGAACUAUAUUUUUGAUUAAUUCCCCCCUUUUCUACUAAUGUAUUUUUAGCUCUUACAGUAAUUUCAGAAAAGAAAAGAAUAUCUUGAAUAACAUGGACAAUUCUAGAAAUAAAAAAUGGAUGAAUUGUGAUAGACUUAGUAAAAAAUACUUGGAUGGAGUGGAGGAUUUUAUAAACCAUGCCUUUUCUAAAAAAACUAGAGGGAGAAAAAAUUUCAUGUCCUUGUACGGAAUGUGUGCUUAUUCAUCAAGCAAAUCGGGCCACAACAUAUGAUCAUCUUGUGGUUAAUGGUAUCAUGCCAUCGUAUGAUACUUGGUUUUGUCAUGGGGAGUCUCUGAAGGGAUCAAACAAUACUCAAGUAAAUAAUCACAGCCAAUCAACUUUGAGGGGCGACGAUAUGAGAGGAAUGAUACAUGAUGUCUUUGGAGGCUCUACACAGUUCAUGGAUAGUGACAUCAGUGAAAGGGGCAAUAUGGAGCCAAACCUACAAGAAAAGAGAGCUCAUCCAUCUGGAAAUCAUCCUCAUCCAGAGGUGGAUAAGUUUGAACGGCUCAUGAAGGAGGCAAAUGAAGAACUAUAUCCUGGAUGCAAGAAGUUUAGCAAACUGUCCUUUUUGCUGCAUAUCUAUCGUACAAAAUGCCUGUUCAAAUGGUCAAAUGAAUCUUUUAAUGCUUUGCUUGGACUAUUGAAGGAUGCGCUGCCUGAAGGGGAAACAUUGCCUUCUUCUUUUUAUGAGACCAAAAAGAUAGUUGAAAGCUUGGGCUUAAAGUACGAAAAGAUUCAUGCUUGUCCCAAUGAUUGCAUGCUUUUUAGGAAAGAGUUUGCUUGUAAGGAUGUUAAUGAAUGCAAAAUUUGUGGUGCUUCUAGAUGGAAAAAUAAUGCUAGAAAAAUUCCAGCCAAGGUCCUAAAGUAUUUUCCUUUAAAACCAAGGUUGCAAAGAUUGUUUAUGUCUUCAGAAACUUCUAAAGCAAUGCAAUGGCAUCACGAAGAGCGCAAUAAAGAUGGUGUUCUCCGACAUCCUGCAGAUUCUGAAGCUUGGAAAAGUUUUGAUAGUAGAUAUCCCGAAUUUGCUGGAGAUCCUCGCAAUGUCCGGCUAGGAUUAGCUUCUGACGGAUUUAAUCCAUUUGGCACAAUGCGAACUGUUCACAGUACAUGGCCAGUGAUUUUAAUGCCAUAUAAUCUUCCACCAUGGAUGUGCAUGAAGCAAGAGUUCUUCAUUUUGUCCUUACUUAUUCCUGGACCAAAAGCACCUGGCAAUAAUAUUGAUGUCUUUUUGCAACCUUUAAUAGAAGACUUAAAUGAAUUAUGGGAUGCCGGGGUAGAAACAUAUGAUGCCUCUACUAAGGAGAUAUUUCAAAUGCGAGCAGCUCUUAUGUGGACUAUAAAUGAUUUUCCAGCAUAUGGUACUCUCUCUGGAUGGAGCACUUAUGGUCGGUUUGCAUGCCCUUCUUGCAACAUAAACACUCAAUCUAAAUGGCUCAAACAUGGUAGAAAGUUUUGUUACAUGGGGCAUCGACGUUUCUUGAAGUCGGGCCACAAAUAUCGGAAUGAUACAAGAUCGUUUGAUGGGACUAAAGAAACAAGACCUGCACCUUGUGUAGUAUCCGGGUCACUAGUGCUGAAUCAAGUUAAAGAUAUAAAGUUUACUCUCGGUCAGUCGAGUGAAGGGGUAAGUGGGGUGAUGAAAAACACAUGGAAAAAGAGGAGCAUUUUUUUCGAUCUUCCUUAUUGGGAGUUUAACUUGGUGCGCCAUAAUCUCGAUGUGAUGCACAUAGAAAAAAAUGUGUGUGAUAACUUAAUUUAUACACUAUUAGAUCUUGGUAAAAAGUCUAAAGACAAUCUAGAAGCUCGAUUGGACUUGAAGGAUAUGAAAAUAAGACCAAGCUUAUGGCCUCAAUAUCGAGCCAAUGGGAGGGCUUAUCUUCCUCCUACUUAUUUUACGAUGACUUCGAACGAAAAAGAGUUAUUUUAUGAAGUACUACAAAAUACCAAGUUUCCACAUGGCUAUUCGUCUAAUAUAUCACGUUGGAUUCGCAAACGGAAGAUAUCUGGUCUAAACACUCAUGAUUGCCAUGUUAUAAUGCAAGAACUUCUUCCUCUUGCCUUGCGGAGAUCAACAGAUAAAAGAAUCAGUUCCGUUUUAAUUGAACUAUGCACAUUCUUUUGUGUUCUAUGUAGCAAAGUGCUAAAACUAGAAGAGUUAAAGUUACUUGAAGAAAAAAUUCCAGAAACAUUGUCUACUAUGGAAAAACUCUUUCCCCCAGGAUUCUUUACUGUUAUGGUACACUUGCUUACUCACUUGGCAACUGAGGCUAGACUUGCGGGGCCAGUACAUUAUCGCUGGAUGUACCCAAUUGAGAGGUACUUGGGUACUUUAAAAUCAUAUGUUCGUAAUCGUGCAUGCCCAGAAGGUUCAAUAGCAGAAGCAUACAUAGCAAAUGAGUGUGUGGCAUUUUGCUCACGAUAUUUGGAGGGUGGAGAUUCAAGGUCUUAUUGUUCAAGAAAAUGCAAUGAUGAGAUUGAGCAUGAGACUAGUAAAGAAGAAUGUCUUUUUCCUACUGUUGGGGAGUCAUACGGUGAAGUAGAAGUAUUUGAGUUGGAUGAGAAAACAUGGUUGCGAGCACAUCGGCAUGUGCUUUUCAAUUGUGAGUCAGAUGUGGUUGAGAAUUAUAAAAAUGAACAUAUUGCUGAAAUCAAGAGAUCACAUCGUAAGCACCGUUUGAGACCACGUCAACUUGAUCUUAUGCAUUUUGAUACAUUUCAUGAGUGGUUCAAGGAGAAAGUAUCAGAGUUGGAUGCCACGUCUAAAAUCUUAAAGGAUGUUAAAGUCCUCGCAGAAGGGCCGACUAAAAUUGCGAAAAGAUUUAAUGCGUUUGAUGUAAAUAAUGGGUAUCGAUUCCGAACAAAACAAAGUGAAGAGUCCAAGGAGACACAAAACAGUGGUGUUAUGGUCGUUUCUAAGACUGAAAGUUAUGCAAGUACAAGUGACAAUGCUCCAAAGUCUGCAAAUAUCACAUAUUAUGGUAGAGUGAAUGAUAUUGUGGAGUUAAAUUAUUAUGAAGAAUUUAAGGUUGUCUUAUUUAAGUGCGAUUGGGUUGAUGUAACCAAAGGUAGAGGAGUGAUGGAAGAUGACUUGGGUUUCACACUUGUGAACUUCUCACGCGUGGCAGACUCUGGUGAUCGAGAACGCCACGAGCCUUUUAUUUUUGCAGAACAAGCUCAACAAGUAAUAUAUGUACAAGAUCCUCAAGAUCAUGAAUGGUUUGUCCCUAGGUUUAUUAAACCUCGAGACGUUUUUGAUAUGGGAGAGGAAAAUAGUGUGCAUUUUGAGUCAUCAAUGCAGUGUGAUGCCACUGACUUGGCUCUCUUAGAAAAUGCUCAUGUUCUAGAGUAUGAGGAUAAUGAUUGGGUAAGAAGUGGUGUCAAUGGAAUGGUAAUUGAUACGGACGUACAUUCUCAAGCUAAUGAGGGAGGAAAUGACAUUGAAAAUGAAAUUUACUCCGAGUAAGAUAGGUGGUACUUGUAAAAUAUAUUCUUCGCAAGUGUUAUCGAAUAAACUUUAGGGAUUUAUUAUUUUUUUAGUAUAGAAAUUUGAAUAAAAUAUAUUUUUUGCUUUCAAUUUAAAUCAUUUUAUAGAAGAUGCAUGUUAGUCUGCUAUGGAUUUUCCAUGUUUCUGUUAGUUGAUUAUUGAAUGUUUUGAGUGCAUUCUAUGUGCUUGCUUUUAAUUAAAUUUUGUGUUGUAGCUCUUGGAUUGUGAGAUGUUAUGGUGUUUUUAUGAAUUGGACAAUUUUUCCCUGGCGCAUCAGUAUCUCUUAUCUCUGCAACUAUCUUAUCACAAGGCUUUGUUUGUGUGCACAAAUAGCUUAUG